AUGCGGUUGCGCGGUCGAGAGGAGCCGCCUGCGCCCGAACAUGGCCACGACGGAACUGCCCCGGUUCAUGCUCCGGGCGCCGAGCCAAAAUACAGCGAGGAGAAACAAGCCGAGGUGCCGACCUUCUACAUCGGCCUGUCCAUGAUCCUCGGUUUUGUGCUCAUGUUCCUCAUCGACAGAUUGCCCCGCCACGCUACAGACCGUAUGGGAAACGAACCGCAGAUGCGGCAUGUCAGCUUGGAUAACCUCGGGGGCGCAUCCAGCAGUGUUGAUGAUGAGUCGGAGGGAUUCUUGGGGGCUCUGGCACCCCCGCCGAAGCAAUCUCGAAGUCUUGCAACCACCAUCGGCCUAGUGAUCCAUGCAGCAGCCGACGGUAUAGCAAUGGGAGCUUCGACGUCGACCUCGAACACGAAGCUGGGCCUGAUCAUUUUCGUCGCCAUUAUGGUUCACAAAGCGCCUGCGGCAUUUGGGUUGACUUCAGUCCUCCUUAAGCAGGGUCUGACCAAGCGUGCGGCGCGAGGCCACUUGAUCGUCUUCAGCCUUGCUGCUCCAUUCGGUGCCUUGAGCACGUGGGCAAUUAUACAGAUCCUAGGCGGCGGCAACCUCGACGGAGAGUCCGGCCAGUGGUGGACUGGUAUGCUUCUGCUAUUCUCAGCGGGGACCUUCCUGUAA